UUGUACAUUGAUCUGAAGUCUCUGCGGAGCCAGUGGGAGCUCCCAACUGAGCCACCACCAGGACAUAUGGAUACGACUCUAUCGUUUUACCCUUCCAAAGGCGCGCCUCAGGUCCCCUCAGGCUGGACACUUCAAUGGCACGAGUCGUACGGAGCGUGGUUUUUCACAAACUCACAAAAUGGCAAGUCACAGUGGAACUUUCCUCGGCAUGCGGCCAUUUCCGCCACGGACUAUAGUCCUGUCGACUACACUCACAAGCCCACCAGCUGGGGUCUUGACGAUCCUACCAGGACCGUAGUCGAUAAUCUAUUCCUAGCUAGCCAACAACACGGCAAACGGCAAACCCCUCAUUUAUCCAUCAAUACCAACUAUAUCCAGGUCAGACAGCGCCCUGUGUCGCCGCAUUACACCUUUAUUCCACCAACGCGACCAAGAGCAAUUAGUGACUGUCCGCCUCCUCUACCAGACAUCCCCAUGUCCAGCCUCAUAACCUCACACCCUGUGGCUUUGGAUCCGUUUUCAAAGACCAAAAACGGUUUCCUAGCUGCACCAGAUGCACCUCGCCGCCAAAACCGUCAUUCAUUUUGCGGAAGCGGGUUCGGCAGUGCUUAUCUCAAUGCCAGCCGAGCGGAGAGCCCUAAGCCAUCAGAGUCUGAUAACUGUAACCAUACUUCGAUGAUUGCUGUUGAAGAACUGGUAUCUUUGAUUACAAUGUCGAUUGGUCAGGAAGAAGGGAGCGAGAAGAACGAACAUGACGUCGUCUCGCGCAUUCUCACACCGCCCCUGGGCUCGAAACCUCCUACGCCCGACCCUUUUCCUCCCGGGCAUCGGCCCCUAUCGGAGAUCAGACAGAUGCUUAGGACGGAAACAAUCGGGUACACCCAGGGAACAUGGCCAGUGGGUGCAGAAGACAGAGGUUACUACCCGACCCGUGUGAUUGAGGACGAUGAAGGUGGAUAUAUGAGCGACUCAAGUUACUCUACUGAGUAUGCAGAAGAUGAGGAUGAGGGGGAAGUCGAGAAGGAGCGGCCGCCUGAAGUUGGUUUUACACCCCUUGUGAUCAAAUCCGAAGGGCGAGAGGCAUGGGAAUUGUCUUAUUAA